UUGGACCCUCACUCUCUCAUACUCGGAGCUCCGGUUCCUAUACCCACAGAGACAGAGCCAAGCCGAAACCUUUGCCUUAUUUCCCACCUUCUCGCCCGAUCUCCCUUAUUUUUUCUUCUCCGUUUCUCAUUGCUUGCUUGGAUUCAGUCUUUGUAUCCAGAUGUGAUUUUAUAUGGUUUUGGCACAAAAGGAAAUUAUGGCACUGAGGAAGAAGUUGUUUGAGAGUUCCAAUUUCAAUGGCAAGAUUAUGUACACCUUUUCAAGGUAUUUUAGCUCAAACAAGAUGGACUUAAGGAAGCUAAAGCCUAUGAUUCAGAAGAGAAUCCAAGAACGGGCUAAGGAUUAUCCAGUACCAGGCAUGAUUCCAGUGGCCCAGGAGGUCCUUAAUUCCCGGAGGCUCCUUAUGCAAGGUGUCUCUACCCUCCUCAAAGUGUUACCAGUUAUGGCCUGCAAAUUCUGUCCAGAAGUAUAUAUAGGUGAGAAAGGCCACGUAAUUCAGACUUGUUGUGGUUUCAAACGUCGUGGCAAGAAUCGGGUUCAUGAAUGGAUAACUGGUGGUUUAAAUGAUGUGCUUGCUCCAGUAGAGGCAUUUCACCUGAAGCACAUGUUCCAGGAUGUUAUUAAGCACCAUCAGAGGUUUGACUUUGAACGUGUUCCUGCAGUUGUUGAGCUAUGCUGGCAAGCAGGGGCAAAUGAUGGAAAUCAGUAUUCAAAUUGGAGCCCAGAAAGUGAUUGUUGUAGUGUUGAUGGAGCUGAGUCUUUGUCACCUGAUGAACUGGUUAUGAUUGCCAGUGGAACUUUGAAGGCAUGGGAAGUUCUCAGAAAUGGCGUGGAGAAGUUAUUGAUGGUUUAUCCAGCAAAAGUGUGUAAACAUUGUUCAGAAGUUCAUGUAGGGCCUUCUGGGCAUAAGGCUAGGCUUUGUGGAAUUUUUAAGUAUGAGAGUUGGCAGGGAACGCACUUUUGGGGAAAGGCAAAUGUAGAUGAUCUUGUGCCUCCAAAGAUUGUAUGGCGGCGACGGCCUCAGGAUCCUCAAGUGCUUUUGAAUGAAGGGAGGGGCUUUUAUGGGCAUGCUCCAGCAGUAAUAGAACUGUGCACACAGGCAGGUGCCAUUGCACCCAGGAAGUAUCACUGUUUGAUGAAACUACAGGGUGUAGCUACACUUUGAAAUCAAAGUUUGUACCAUCCGAAAGAUCAAAUGUAAAUGCAGUUGAUUCCAAGGUGGGAAAUUGAAGCCCAGCAGGAGCUCCCUGGGAUCACAGAUGUGUGUAGAAUUGUUUAACCAUGACGUUUGAUGAUAUGAAGCGGGAAAUUGGAGCCCCACAGAAGCUCCCUUGUCAUCUGAUCUUAACCAUCAGAUGAAUGACGACGGGUCCAAGAUGGAACCCGCAAUGAAAUGGGGUCUAUUGCCCCCUUGACAUGGAUCAUGAAAGAGCCGAGGAAAUGUGUAGCUCUGCUUUUGCUAUGGGCACAGAAACAAGAUAUAGUGGAAAGAGUAAGAAAGGGGUUAAACUCAUAGGAAAUUAAGUUGUUAUUUUCUUGUACUUAAAUGAUCUUAUAGAUGGUUAAUACAACAUGUUAAAUAAUUAAAAUCCCUAACGGAAUCGAAUGCUC